AGAAAGGAUGUGUGCCAUCAGACCAGACGUGAACCUGGAGACCUCCAUGCUGCCGUUUGCCUUGAAAGAGAUUGCGCUGGCUGAGCUGGACCGGAUGGAUCUACAGAAGCAGAUGGUUCUGAAGUUUGCAGCCAUCAUAGGGCCGGUGUUUACAACCCAGCAGCUGGUUCACAUCCUUCCCAUCUCUGUAAAUCAGUGGAUUAAUCCACUGCUGGACAUGCUGGUGAAGGACAACAUCCUGAAGCGGCUGGAGAACACAGAGGAGCCGGAAGAUGUGCAAGGUGCUCCAGAGGGGCCGGCCACCUCCGGGCAGGCAGGAAGCGGGGUGGAGAGGCCCUCCGUGAACACGGGGUCCAGAAAACAACAGUCUGACGUCCUGGCCUUCUGCGCCCCACUGCUGUGGGAGGCGACGUACGAGCUGUGGCCCACGAGGGAGAGGGUGAACAUUCACCGCCAGUGUGCCGCCUUCCUGGAGAAGCAUGCGCACAAAUGCCAGAGGUGCCACGGAGGGGACUUUGUGGCCUUCCACCGCUUCGGCGUCUCCAGCCCCCAGAAGCAGGGGAGCUGCCAGGGCUCUGCUGAUGAGGAUGACUGGUGCAGCUGGGAGGCCUUGGUAGUUGCUGGAGAACACCUGAGGAGGGCCAGGACCCACCCUGCAGAGGGCGAGAUUCUGGCAGAGGGCGAGCAGACAACUCUGCGGGCCGAGGACGGUGGCGAGUGCUCCUGCCAGUGCGAAGCCAUCGCCGAAGCAGUGCUUGUGCCCCUGGCUCGCCACUACAGGGCAAUGGGCAGCACUUCCCAAGCCCUCUAUUAUGUGCUGGAGUGUGCGGCUGCCUACCUGCACGUCUCCAACAGCUACAUGGCCCUCAUGAAGCUGAGCGAAGCAGAGGCUCUGAGGAGCUCCGUCAAAAAGGAAAGAAAUGCCAUCGACCGCUUUGAGGAGGCCAUCUUCUUCAGCCUCAAAGGAGAGGUCUGCAGUAACGUGGGAUGUGUGAAGCUGGCCAAGGAAAUGAGCAGGCAGGCGCUGAGACUGCUGGAAAAGCGGUUCCCCCGGACUCGUGCCGGGGCCUUUGUCAAGUCUCUGUGGGAAGGGUUGAAGCGUGCUCCUCAGGCCACAGGCAGAGCGUCCUUCCUUCCCCAGGAGGCUCGGAGGAAGAAGCAAGCCUGGCUGGUUCAGCGGAGCAGAUGCCUCUCCUUGCUCGAGGACCUCUACAGCCAGGAGGGCACAUCUGGCGGACAGAGGUUCUCCCGCCUGGCAGCGCUCAUGAAGGCCAACACGGACAGCAAGAUGCACUCCUAUCAGGCAGCAGACUCACACAUUGGACAAGCCUUGAAUUAAGGAAAAUAGGCUUAGACAACGAGUGCAGACAGCGGGUCUCCUGUUCCUCCAAGUGACACCGUUCAGGUACCCUACGUCUGGAAUGCAGACAGCAGGCUAGGACAGUAAACCACAAAUUAACAAAGAAGCAACAAAUUGGUGGACGGAGUUGUAGCCGAUGAGAGGACCGGCCAAAGCCAGGUGAAAGAAUACAGUGAGGAAGACCAUGGCCUUCAUCAGAAAGACCACCAGACAACCAGCAAGAGAUACCACGCAUGCGUAAAAGAACU